UUCUGUUGAUGUGUAGUCACAGUAUACUUAGUACUGUAGUUGUAGUUGUAGUUGGUUGUAGUCGUGUAGUACAAUAGAGCUACGAAGCACGAUAAGCUGUGCUGUGUCUUGCGACCUGUGACCCUCGAUCUGCACGAUCUACGAUUCCUGCGAUAUACUCCAGCUACGAUACGAACGUGAACUCGGUGUCCCUAUAUUUGUGCUUCACGAGUAUUUAUUACAAAGUAGUCGAAAACUACAAAUCGGGUAACGUCAAAUUUGGUCAGUUCUACGUGAAAAAUGAUAGAUUUACGGGAAGAAGGUUCAAAGGACACAAACAAUGGCAAAUAUGGUAAUUUAAACAUACCGGUUACAUCGCAACAAGGAUUAGCACCGCUCAGUCCCUACAUAAACUUCGAUCCUGCGUUCCUCCCUCCGCAGCAACCGGAGUACAUAUUUCCCGAAGGAGCUGUGAAGCAACGAGGCCGGAUGGAAUUGGCCUUCAGUCAGAUCGGUGGAGCGUGCAUCUCUGGAGCUGUCGUAGGUGGUGCAGUUGGUUUAUACAGAGGCAUUAAGGCAACGUCUUUGGCUGAUCAAACGGGCAAACUGAGAAGAACUCAAUUGAUCAACCAUAUGAUGAAAGGUGGUGCCUCGUUAGCAAACACACUUGGAGUAAUCUCUGUAAUGUACAGUAGUUUCGGAAUUCUAUUUUCUUGGGUCAGAGGUACAGACGACUCGUUCAACACUCUAGCAGCAGCUACAGGAACAGGGAUGAUAUAUAAGUCGAUGAAUGGUCUUAGAAAAUCCGUGCUAGGCGGUUGCGUCGGACUAGGAGUAGCGUCGAUAUUCUGUCUAUGGAACAGCCGAGAAACGCUAAGGGAAUUGAGGCAUCGCAACGUAAACCCGGCGUAAGACUGUGUGUGUAGCAGUAAUACCUCUGACUAUUCUUAAUCGAAAUGAAAUAGGAGAGAAAACGAGAUGAAAUUCCGCGUCACUAGAGAAUCGUACAUUGAGAGCACUCGGCAAGUUUCGUAUACAAUGAAAAUCAUCUCCGAUGGUUUUAUAGAAUGAAAGCAAAAGACAUAAGCGGAAGUUGAAUCUGCAAAUGUGAAUAAAGUAAAAAUUGUAUACCAGUA